AUGACUUCUUCACGUCUUCUCCUUGUCUCCUCUCUUAUCGGAUUGGUUGUGUCACAACAUGCCGGAGACACUCCUGAUAUCCACCCCCCAAUCACAACUUGGGAGUGCACCAAAGCCGGCGGUUGCGUAGAGAAGAAGACCCAUAUCGUCCUAGACUCUUUAGCCCAUCCUGUCCAUCUAGUGGGCGACUCCAGUGUAGGAUGUGGUUCGUGGGGCAACCCGCCUCCCGCAGACAUCUGCCCAGACAAGGAGACAUGCCAGCAGAACUGCGUGAUGGAGGGCGUUCAGGACUACUCUCAGUACGGUGUCACGACUGACGGCGGAAGCCUCAGACUCGACAUGUUGUCUGACAGUGGUGCUACCUUGAGCCCACGAGUUUACCUCUUGUCUGAGGAUAAGCAGUCGUACGAAAUGAUGCAACUCACAGGAAAGGAAUUCAGCUUCGACGUUGACGUUUCUAAAUUGCCCUGCGGAAUGAAUGGGGCCCUGUACCUGUCAGAGAUGCCAGCGGAUGGUGGGCUCAGUGACCUGAACAAGGCCGGUGCGCCUUGGGGAACGGGAUACUGCGAUGCCCAAUGUUACACUACGCCAUUUGUUGGCGGUGAGCCCAAUAUUGAAGGAUACGGCUCCUGCUGCAACGAGAUGGACAUCUGGGAAGCCAACUCGCGCGCAGCUCACCUCGCGCCCCAUCCCUGCAACCAGACAGGCCUGUAUAAGUGCGAGGGCGCCGAGUGCGCGUACGAAGGCAUCUGCGACAAGGACGGCUGCGGCUACAACCCCUGGAGGUUCGACAACUACGAGAGCUACGGCCUGGGGCUGGAGGUCGACACCACACGGCCCUUCACCGUCAUCUCCCAGUACCCGGCUGAUGAGAACGGUGUCCUCCAGGCCUACCGACGCAUGUACAUCCAGGACGGCAAGCUGAUCAAGAACGGCGCCGUCAACAUCACGGACCUGCCCCAGGUCGACUACCUGAGCGACGAACUGUGCACUGCCAUCAACUCAAGACGGUACGGAGAGCUCGGCGCGACCAAGGGGAUGGGAGAGGCCCUGGCGAGAGGCAUGGUGCUCACUUUCAGCGUCUGGUGGGACGAGGGCGGCUUCAUGAAGUGGCUCGAUUCCGGGGAGGCCGGUCCUUGCAACGAUACCGAGGGCGAUCCUAAGCAUAUCCGCGAGAUCCAGCCUGAUACCGAGGUCACCUUCAGCAAUAUCAAGUGGGGAGAAAUCGGAUCGACCUUUGGGCCGGUGAAGUGUGCCAAGAGACGCUGA